AUGUUUACUAAAGAAGAAAAAGCCAAGGGUCCUGAAGCAUUGCACAGCGAGUAUGUGAAGAAUGUACGUGGAUUGAGCGUCCUCAAUCCAUUUCACGACAAACUGGAAAGGUCUUCGUUGGACAGUGCCUUCCACAAUGUGGAUCCACAGCUUUGCAACAACCGGAAGCUCGUGGACGCCCUCGCCGCCUGGGAAGUCGCCUGGGAACUAGGCAACCGCUCCCUCCUCAAGCAGGAUGUGUUGCAGUCCUUCAGCAGCUGCGCUGCGAUGACUCUGGAUGCGCAGCGACUCGCUCCCUCUCUGCCCCGGCUCAUUGACACCCGGGACGCAGAGCUCUUCCUGAUUCUGCCCCGGCUCGUGCUUCUCAACGCCCUGCGAGCUCCGAGCCAGUCCGGCCUGCUCCGUGAGCUCCUUCCCCACCAGUUUGCCGAAUGUGCAGAGGCCGAGGUAAAGGAGGAGCACGGCAAGGCCAAGGAGGGUCGAGCUGAAGGCACGGAGGCGGAGUUUUCGAGCAGACUGUCCGAGCUGAAGCAAGACUUCCAAGAGGUGCAGAAGGCCCUGGUCCGAGCCUCCGCUUCGGACCGGGACUUCCUGACGCGCCGCGUGAUCUCGGGCCCAGGGGCCGAAACUGAGGGCGACGAGAAGCUCCACAACUUCUUGCUGGCCCUUGAAGGCCUCAGCGUGGAGCUUCAGCGAUACCGGCCGACGGACUGGAAUCAGACCUGUUCGGCGCUACUAGAGUGCAUCGAGGCCGCCUCUGGACGGGAGGUCGGGAACGCCCCGGCCCUGCGGCUUCCAAGUGACCUGACGGAGGACUCCCAGGAGAAUCAGCCUGACUUUGAACCUUCUGCUUCCCUGAGACGAGCCAUGAGACCUUGGUGUUUUUGA